GCGCAGGCGACCACGUGCUCAUCAGGUGAGUCGUACAAAGGAGGCCACGGGAACACGUGAUCAAUGAAAGAACCCUGUCAGGCUCUCUGGUCUACAUUGCCGGUUGGCGCACUUGUAGCUCAGCACUGGGCAAGACGGUACUGUCUAGCUACUGAUCAUCUUUGACAAGCACCGUGGAGUUGUUUUUUUCCGGGUUUGGAAACAUGAAGGGUACAUGUACGUUCCUGCUGGCGGUGGCUGUACUGGGGGUAUCUGAGACAUGGAUGGCUCUUGCUCAAGACCGGGACUUCGAGAAAGAUGCUGAAUACUGGAAGGAGAGCGCCCAGGCGGCCAUCCAGAACAUCCUGGCGAACCAGCUCAACACCAACGUCGCGAAGAACGUCAUCAUGUUCCUGGGGGACGGCAUGGGGGUUUCCACCGUCACGGCCGCCAGGAUUCUCAAGGGGCAGCUUGAGGGUCUGUCAGGGGAGGAGGCCGCCCUGGCGUGGGAGGACUUCCCGCACGUGGCUCUGUCCAAGACCUACAACGUGGACCGUCAGGUUGCCGACUCCGCCGGCUCGGCCACGGCCUACCUGUGCGGCACCAAGGCCAACUUCGGCACGGUGGGAGUGGACGGGUCGGUCCGCCGGGGAGACUGUCGAGCCGUGGGCGGGGACAAGCACAAGGUGGACUCCGUCGCCAGACUCGCCGACAAAAACGGGAAGUCCGUGGGCGUAGUGACGACGACUCGGAUCACCCACGCCAGCCCGGCGGGGGCCUACGCCAACUCUCCCGAGCGCGGCUGGGAGAACGACUCGGACAUGCCCGACCAGGCCAAGCGGGACGGCUGCAAGGACAUCGCCUCUCAGCUCAUCGAGAACGGCAGAAACUACAAGGUCCUGCUUGGAGGCGGACGCCGUAACUUCUUCGACGACGCGAUAGACCCGGAGUACCCUCACGAGUCGAGCGUGCGCGGCAGGCGUCGGGACGGCAGGAACCUGGUGGUGGAGUGGGGCUGGGGCAAGGAGGAUUACAACUCCUCUUACGUCUGGAACAAGGAGCAGUUCGACAAGAUAGACCCCCUUAAGACGGACUACCUCCUCGGGCUGUUUGAGCCGAGCCACAUGCAGUACGUGACCGACACGGACCGUGCCGGAGAGCCCACGCUCACGGAGAUGACAGACAAGGCCAUCCGCAUGCUGCAGAAGGACGACAACGGCUUCUUCCUGUUCGUCGAAGGCGGGCGUAUCGAUCACGGUCACCACAAGGGGAGAGCCACGCGCGCACUGACGGAAACCAUCGAGAUGGAGCGGGCCGUCCAGCGGGCCAAGGACCUGACGUCCGCCGAGGACACGCUCAUCAUCGUCACGGCGGACCAUUCCCACACCCUCACCAUCGGGGGGUACCCCAUGCGGGGACGGCCCAUUAUUGGGAUGGGCCAGGCCUAUGACGGCGAGGACUGGGCCCAGGACGGCCUGCCCUUCACCACGCUGAUCUACGCAAACGGUCCGGGGUACGCCAUCCACGGCAACGGCAGACGACACGACAUCCGCCGCGUCGAUGUUGCGGACAAGAACUACCGCCAGCAGGCGACCCUGCCGUUCCCUGACGAGUCCCAUGCGGGUGAGGACGUGUCUAUCUACGCGCGGGGGCCCAUGGCGCACCUGUUCCACGGCGUGCAGGACCAGAGCUACAUCGCGCACGCCAUUAAGUAUGCCGCUUGUCUUGGCGACUCGAAGGAUCACUGUCUCCAGAAGGAAGCCGCGAAGAAAAUGGAGAAGCAGCCAGAUGAACAACCUCAAGCCGAAGAGAAGGAAGACGUUGAGAUCGAGGACGAGACCUACGACGUCGACGCGCAGGACGUCCCGGAAGUAGAUGCCCAGUCUUCGGAACAUGACGUCACACACAGCACCAGUCGCCCUGCCACAGACAAACCUGCCCUGGCGACCACACCCUCUCCCACCACCACGGGCGUGCACAAGACCACGCCAUACAUCUUCAUCCCCCCUAGCGACGAAGACGCCCGAAGGGAGGCGGUGUUUGAGCUCAUCUCGGAGCGGGUGGGAGGGGGGUGGAAGAAGCUGGUGCGGUGUCUGCCUGGAACACAGCUCACCAAACACAUGGUGCAGGUGGUGCAGAAAUCCUACAGAGGGAGCAAGGAGCGGACGAAAAAGAUCCUCAGCUUGUGGCAACAGAUUAACAGCGAAGAUGCCACCAUCAUCAACCUGGUGACCGGUCUGGACCGCUGUGGCCGGAGACGACUGGCCAAGUACAUCGACAUCCAUUUUACCACCGGCAUCCUAUAAGGACAACUAACUUGUGUCUGCUGGAAUUAGAUGUAAGAGAAAUGGGAAAUUUGCUGGUUAAGGUUGCUGACGUUCUCGUACAUCCAGGCGCGAGCAUGUAGUCUUGGAAUUUCAUAGGUCAUGGGAUAAAUUUCGGGAGGGGUAUCCCCUCUAUUUUCACCAAUUUCUUUUUUUAGUCCUU